UACCGUGGCCUGCGCUCUCUCUCUCUAAAAGCUCUCCGAGAGUCUGAGCAGUCCAUCUCUCUCUCUCGAGCCCCUGCCCUGAUCACUACUCUCUGCAUCUCCAUCAUCUUCCCAUUGAUGUUGAAAUCGAGCACGAGGGCGUGUAGAUGAUGAUGAGAUAUCGAUUAAAGAACUGUUUUUCUGGCCUUUCUGUUUGUAUCUGUUCGUUUUCCUGGGAAAGUAGUCUCUUUUCUUCGCUUUUGCUGAGCUUCGUCGCGUGAAAUUCGUUACGUAUCUUGCGGAAAACUGGAAGGACGAGGAGGGAAAGUAAAUCGCAAUUGAAGUUUGGGGUCUGAGUGAUAUUUGCGGGGGCCUGUACUGCACUCGUGGUACAUACUGAUUACCAGAAAUUCUUCUUAAUGGGGGGCGCUUGUUCUAGGAAGAGGGACCAGCAGGAUGAUGAAGAAACUCUGCAGAGAGGGGUUUCUGCAAGAUAUGCAAAGAGUGGGAGUUCAAAGUGGUUGGCAACUUCAUUUUCUCGACCUGCAAUUGACAUCCAACAAGGCGGAGGGAAAUGUCCAUCCCUUAUGGAUUUGUGCAUACAAAAGAUAAGAGAGGACAUUGAAACACAUAGCAAAUUCUCAAUGCUGCCAAGGGAUAUAAGUCAACUGAUCUUCAAUGACGUGGUGAACUCCCAGCGCCUAAAUGAUGUUAUUCUUGAAGCGUUUCGUGACUGUGCACUCCAGGACCUUAACUUGGGUGAGUACCCUGGGGUGAACGAUAGUUGGUUGGACGUAAUCUCUUCACAGGGAUCAUCUUUGCUUUCUGUAGAUCUUUCGGGAUCUGAGGUCACUGAUGCAGGGCUGACUUGUUUGAAGGAUUGCAAGAACAUCCAAGCUUUGAACUUUAACUUUUGUGACCAGAUAUCUGAUCGUGGUCUUGAGCAUCUAAGUGGUCUCUCGAACUUGACAAGCUUGAGCUUCAGGAGAAACAACGCUAUUACUGCACAUGGAAUGAGUGCCUUGACUGGCUUAGUUAAUUUGGUGAAGUUGGAUUUGGAGAGGUGUCCAAAGAUCUAUAAUGGACUUAUUUAUCUCGAAGGUUUGUCAAAGUUAGAGUCCCUUAAUAUCAAAUGGUGCAAUUCAAUAACAGAUUCAGAUCUGAAGCCUCUCUCUGGGCUCAAGAACCUGAAAGCAUUGCAAAUUUCUUGCAGUAAGGUCACUGAUUCUGGGAUUGCUUAUCUCAGAGGUCUGCAAAAGCUUGCUUUAUUGAACUUGGAAGGUUGCCCUGUCACUACAGCAUGCCUGGAGUCUGUUGCAGCUCUAUCUGCCCUCUUAUAUUUGAACCUUAACAGAUGUCAUCUGACUGAUGAGGGAAGUGAGAGAUUCUCUGAGCUUGGGAGUUUGAAAGUAUUGAACUUGGGCUUCAAUGAUAUAACAGAUGCAUGUCUGGUACACCUAAAAGGUUUAACAAAUUUGGAAAGCUUGAACUUGGAUUCUUGCAGGAUAGGAGAUGGGGGAAUGGCUAACUUGACAGGUCUUCGCCGAUUGAAAUGUUUGGAAUUGUCUGAUACAGAAGUCGGAAGUAACGGGCUCCACCAUCUAUCUGGGCUGACUAAUCUGGAGAGCAUAAAUCUGUCCUUCACAGUAGUGACAGAUAUAGGUUUAAGAAAGUUGUCUGGACUUUCUUCUCUUAAAACUCUCAAUCUCGAUGUUCGCCAUGUUACAGAUUCGGGACUUGCAGCUCUUACAGGCUUGACUGGCUUGACUCAUCUGGAUCUUUUUGGGGCUCGCAUCACGGAUUCUGGGACUGUCUACCUUCGAAAUUUCAAGAAUCUAAGGUCCCUCGAAAUAUGCGGUGGAGGGCUGACUGAUGCUGGAAUGAAGAAUAUUAAGGAUCUGACGUCCCUCACGCUGUUGAAUUUAUCACAGAACUGCAAUUUGACUGACAAGACAUUGGAGUUGAUUUCAGGAUUGACUGGUCUAGUAUCUUUAAAUUUGUCCAACUCCCGCAUCACUAGCUCGGGUCUGCAGCACCUGAAAUUGCUAAAGAAUUUAAAGCAACUCACUCUGGAGUCCUGCAAGGUUACUGCAAAUGACAUAAGGAAGCUCCAAUCAACUGAUCUCCCAAACCUGGUGAGCUUCCGACCCGAGUGAAUAUCUUUCCCUGAAGAUUAGCUACAAUUUAUUGGAGGGGGCAACAUUGUAAAUACCGUCACGCUGGCCCAAGGGGGGGUGGUUGAGGUGUAUAUAUUGGGUGGUGUGGCUUGAACUUGAAGAAAUAAGGGUUCUCUGGAAGGAAGGAAGGAAGAAGACUUUGGUGCUCUUGAAGCUCUCGAUUCUGUAUAAAUUUUUUUGUGCAGAAGAAAAUGUAAAUAAGCUUCCUAAAGCCAGCUUUGGGGUACUUGACGAUGAUUGAUUGAUGAUGAUGAUGCGUAGUUUCUGUGUAUAUUACUAUGAUCUAUAAAAGGGGUAUUUACGAUGCGUCUA